AAGAACGAAAUAGUAUAAAACGCUGUGGCUUGCUGUGUCGUGAUCAUCCUUCGCUACAGCUGACGAGAUGCUCUGCACAAGAUUGACCAUCAUCGCCCUCCUGGCUGCAACUCAGUGUUUGACAUCUGAUGGAUUCCUCUAUGAUGUGGCGUGUCCUGGUGUGAACGGCGAGCUGCAAUGUCCUCCGGGACAAGUGAUGGAAGUGAAGGCAGUAGACUCUGGUUUGGAAAGCGAUGCCGACUGCACCGACAGAACAAAGUCCGCCACGGUCUUGAAGGAGGACUCCUUACAUUCGGCCAUGAUAUAUUGGGUCAAGCUUGUCUGUGACUAUCUGGAACAAUGCCGACUGCCCAAACCCGAUGCGGGGAUGUUCCAGCAUAAUUACUCAAAUGCUAGCUUUAUUCAGGUCACCUACGACUGUCGUGUCAAACCAGCCGAUGUGAUUACCGUUGUUGCGUGUGAAAACGACAUUGCAGAGAUCCAGUGUGAAAAUGGAAAAGUUCAAAUUGAGACUGCCAAAUUUGGGCGUUUCGACAAGACCACCUGCACAAAAACCCCUCUGAAUAUGACCUUUGCUGCAAGUUUCCCGGCUAAACAACAUGUGAAAGACAAGUGCAACGGGUUGGGAUCCUGUUCAGUUAAUGCCAGCAUGGAGGAACUGGGGCCAACUGAUCCCAGCUAUGAUCACAAUUACCUCAUUGUGGAUUAUAUUUGUGUGCGACAAUAA